AUGCGCGUUGCAGUCAAGUCGCUCUACAAGAAGGGUAACUACAUGGAUACGUUCAAGAAGGAAGUCGAGCUCAUGCACCGCCUCGAGUCGCCACAUACACCCAAGCUCCUUGGCAUUUCCAGCGACAAGGAUGGGCAGCCGUGCAUCGUCAUGGAGCUCCUGCCCGGCGGUGACUUGAAAGAACAUCUCGAGCGAUUGCGUCAACAGCUCUCAGCGACUCACACCGUCGAAAGUAUGCUCCCGUUCGCUCUUCAGAUCGCCAAGGGUCUCGCCUACCUCCACGGACACAAGAUCAUCCACCGCGAUCUCAAGCCAAACAACAUCCUCCUCAGCAACGAUAAGACAACUGUCAAGAUCGGCGACUUUGGCGUUUCGCGCCAAGCGAGCAUCGAAGCCAUGACCAAUAACGUUGGCACCGCGCUGUGGAUGGCCCCCGAGGUCGUGCUCACCCGCAAAUACUCGAUUGCAGCAGAUGUUUUUGCGCUUGGGGUCAUCUUGACACAGCUCAAUACGCUGCAGACGGACCCCUACGCUGAUCGCAAACUCAAAGGGAUGGCGCUCGUCUUCAACAUCGCUAAAGAAGGUCUGCGCCCUUCGAUGCCGUCGACGUGUCCCGUCUGGUACCGAGACCUCGCGACGGCUUGCAUGAGCGCCAAACCGAGCCAGCCUUCCCGACCCGGGCCUUCUCGAUCGUGA